CCGUGGUCCUGAGCCGGGGCAGCAGGGCGCGCCCCACCCGGCAGCCGGGCGGAGCCGAAACGAUGCCGGCUUUUGCCGCGCGGCCCCGGCGGGGCUCCGGGCCGCCUCCGGUCUCGCCCUUCCCGCUGCUGCUGUUGGCGAUGCUGAGCGGCCCGGUGUCCGGCCACGUUCCCCGCUCGGUGCCCAGGAUCUCGCUUCCCAUCUCCGAGGCUGACUCCUAUCUCACUCGGUUUGCUGUCCCUCUGACAUACAAUUACUCUGUUCUCCUUGUGGAUCCUGCGUCCCACACACUUUAUGUUGGCGCCCGGGACGCCAUCUUCGCCUUAUCCCUGCCUUUCUCAGGGGAGAGACCCCGCAGGAUUGAUUGGCUGGUGCCUGAGGCGCACAGACAGAACUGUAGGAAGAAAGGCAAGAAGGAGGACGAAUGUCACAAUUUUGUCCAGAUUCUCGCCAUUGCCAAUGCCUCUCACCUCCUCACUUGUGGCACCUUCGCUUUUGAUCCGAAGUGCGGGGUUAUUGAUGUGUCCAGUUUCCAGCAGGUUGAAAGACUUGAGAGUGGCCGGGGGAAAUGUCCUUUUGAGCCAGCUCAGCGGUCAGCAGCUGUAAUGGCUGGGGGCGCUCUCUACGCGGCCACCGUGAAAAACUACCUGGGGACGGAGCCGAUCAUCUCCCGGGCCGUGGGUCGCGCGGAGGACUGGAUCCGGACGGAGACCUUGUCGUCCUGGCUCAACGCCCCAGCCUUUGUCGCAGCCGUGGCCUUGAGCCCAGCCGAGUGGGGGGAUGAGGAUGGAGACAACGAGAUCUACUUCUUCUUUACGGAGACUUCCCGGGCGUUUGACUCGUACGAGCGCGUUAAGGUCCCGCGGGUGGCCCGCGUGUGUGCGGGGGAUCUUGGGGGCCGGAAGACCCUCCAGCAAAGGUGGACGACGUUUCUGAAGGCUGACCUGCUGUGUCCAGGGCCUGAGCUUGGCCGGGCCUCCAGUGUCCUGCAGGAUGUGGCCAUUCUCCGACCUGAGCCCGGAGUGGGAACCCCCGUCUUUUACGGCAUCUUUUCCUCCCAGUGGGAGGGGGCUGCCAUCUCUGCCGUCUGUGCCUUCCUACCACAAGACAUCCGGACAGUGCUGAAUGGUUCCUUCAGAGAGCUGAAGCACGACUGCAACAGGGGAUUGCCGGUCAUGGACAACGAUGUGCCCCAGCCCAGACCUGGGGAGUGCCUCAACAGCAACAUGAAGCUCCAGCAGUUUGGCUCGUCGCUCUCCCUGCCUGACCGUGUGCUCACCUUCAUCCGGGACCACCCGCUCAUGGACAGGCCAGUGUUCCCAGCUGACGGCCACCCCCUGCUGGUCACUACAGAUACGGCCUAUGUCCGAGUCGUGGCCCACAGGGCAACCAGCCUGUCAGGGAGAGAUUAUGAUGUGCUCUACCUGGGGACAGAGGACGGACAUCUCCACCGAGCCGUGCGGAUCGGAGUCCAGCUCAGUGUCCUCGAGGAUCUGGCCUUGUUCCCAGAGCCACAGCCAAUUGAGAACAUGAAGUUGUUCCGAGGCUGGCUGCUGGUCGGCUCCGGUAGUGAGGUGACGCAAGUGAACACAACCAACUGUGGCCGUCUUCAGAGCUGCUCAGAGUGCAUCCUGGCCCGGGACCCCGUCUGUGCCUGGAGCUUCCGGCUGGACACAUGCGUACCCCACAGCGGGGAGCACGGAGGACUGGUCCAAGACAUGGAGGCAGCAGAUGUCUCUUCUCUGUGUCCCAAGGAGCCUGGAGAACACCCAGUAGUGUUUGAAGUUCCUGUGGCCACAGCCGCCCAUGUGGUCUUGCCGUGUUCCCCGAGCUCAGCCUGGGCCUCCUGUGUGUGGCACCAGCCUGGUGGAGUGACUGCACUCCCCCCGCGGCGGGAUGGGCUGGAGGUGGUGGUGACCCCAGGGGCCAUGGGCGCUUACGCCUGUGAAUGUCAGGAGGGUGGGGCCGCCCGCGUGGUAGCGGCUUACAGCCUGGUAUGGGGCAGCCAGCGGGCCCCCCAUGGCCGGGCCCACACAGUGGGGGCUGGGCUAGCUGGCUUCCUCCUGGGGGUUCUCGCAGCCUCCCUGACCCUCCUCCUGAUCGGUCGGCGUCAGCAGCGACGGCGACAGCGGGAACUCCUGGCGCGAGACAAGGUGGGCUUGGACCUGGGGGCCCCAGCAUCCGGGACCACAAGCUACAGCCAGGACCCUCCCUCCCCGUCUCCUGAAGAUGAGCGGCUGCCCCUGGCCCUGGCCAAGAGGGGCAGUGGCUUUGGUGGCUUCCCUCCACCCUUCCUGCUUGAUCCGUGCCCGAGCCCAGCCCACAUCCGGCUAACUGGGGCUCCUCUGGCCUCAUGCGAUGAAACAUCUAUCUAGUGCAUGGGUGAUCGCCGGAAUGACAUAACCACAGAGACACUGGGGGGUUGCUGGGCCCUCUUUGAGUCAAUGGUCGUUUAGACUUCACUGUCUACCCUCUCUUAGUCUAGAAGGGCUGAUGUAGGGGACAGGCCUUUGCCUGAUUCCUGGUUCCCUGGAGAGAUCGGAGAUGCUGCUCUGCAGCUAGUCUAGGCAUCCCACCCCCCAAACCCUGGGACCCCUCCAGCCCUGGCCCGCUACCUUGGACCCAGUGGUUUUGGGGAUGGGGUGCAGGACACAGCUAUGACUUUGGCUUCUGGUCAGAAGGGCCCUGGCCAGAAGGCAGAGCCAUGAGGUGGUUGGGGCUCAUGUGCCCUGAGUCCUUGGGAGGGGUCUUGGCAGAGUCUCCCCAUUUAUUUGGAUCUCUGUGGGGAAUGCAUGGUCCCUGUGUUGCAAAACGGAAUCUCUGCCCUGAGAUCUCCCCGUCCAGUUUCCCUUCUUCCGCAGAAGAGGGUGUUUAAAUACCUGGGUGUUCACAGGAGCCCUGGCCACAGGGCUGUGAAUAACUGGGUCAAUGCUUAGGUGUGUUUAUGGGGGACAGGGAGAGGGGAGGUGGAGACGGGGCAUUGUCUGCAGGACUUCAGAUGCCGCAGCCAGCCAGGGAAUGGCUCUCCUUUCUGAAAGGAAACAAACCACUGCCCUCUCCCCACCGACUCCUCUGCACUUCUCUAAAUUUGGGUAGUGAAAAGCUCCCCAAGUGACCUUCUGGGGGGUACACACGACCCCAUCUUUCUCUUUGGUUUUCGCCUCCCGGCUGCCACCACUGCCAUGCCGCAGCUGCUUUUUUCUUGCUAGUGUCUGGGCUGAACCCCUUUCCUUGGCUCCCAUUCAGAAUAAACAUCAUGACUUCCUAAAUAUUCAGGGAACACAAAAAGGGGAGCAGUUCCAGAAAAUACAAGCAGCGUGGAGCCAGGCUGCACCAGAGGCUUUUCUCAGGGUAAAAGCCCCGUCCUGGGGUCUGGGACUCCCUGAAAUUGUAUGCAAAGUGUUGUGUGCUCUCCUGAGUCUGGGUUUCUCUAGGGGGAGGUUUUAUGGCUUUCAUCAGAUUUUCAAGGCUCUCACAGGGAAAGCACCACUGCCCCGAGGCUCCAACACUUUGGCCAAGCUGAGAUGGAGCCACUUGGCAGUUCUCCAGGCCACGCUGUGCCCCGUGCCUGCCCCUGGCCUUGCAUUGCUGGGUGACCUCUUGUUUCUUCAGUCCCUGGAGCCUGGGCUCUGUGCAUAUUUGAGGACCCAGCCAACUCUUACAGACCUAAAGGCCUCUUCCUGUCUCACGGCUCCCAGAUGCUAGAAGCUUCUCCUGCUCAGUUCCGGUCUUGGCCUGUGAAUGUGCCUCUUUCAUCCCUGCUGAGGGACCCUCUUGAACUCCAAUGAACAACCCUGCCCUUUCCAGUUGAGGUUUUCAGCUCUACUUUCCUUGGCAGCAGCCUGUGAACUAUUCAAAAGCGUCCCUUGGGUUUGGAAUUCUCCAUGGUUUUGCCACCAGUGAAGCGAGUGAUGUUUGGCGAGCAGUCCAACCUUGGGACCUCAGUUUACUCAUUUGUAAAAUGGAGAUAAUGAUACCUACCUCAGGGUUGCUGUAAGGAUUAAAUGGGAAAAUGUGUAAACUGUAAAGCACUCUCUAUACUAGUAGUGGUGGUGAUUGCAAAAGUUGGCCGAUUAGACCAUAAUUGUGUAGCUUAACCAGGCCACAACUGCGACACCUGUGGUCAUUUUAAGCCCUGUUUUGUAGCAGGGGGGACACUGUCUUGCUGAGAUAGCCUGUCCUGGGCCAUUUCUAGGAAGAUCUCAGCUGCCAGUGCCUAGGUUUCAGGUCAGCUGUGUCUGAUCCUGCUGACCUGCUGGUCCUAAUAUGUGGGAAUGGCGGACACCCUCACUCGUUGGUUUAUCCUCACUUCACCCCACUCUCUUGAGGUUUCUGGGUUAGUUCUGCUCU